CAUCUUUUAACUAGAGUUAAGUUUAUUUUUUCGUCAAAAAAAUGUGCGUAAUAUGUUUGGAACGUCACGUCAGUAACAUUUUGUUUAUAUCGCGACUUUUUUCUGAAAUUUAGUCAGGUUUCCUUUUCAAUGGUUAUUGCCUUACAGAAAUGUAUUGCUCCACUAGCUUCCGUUAUUUUUUCCAAAAUCUCUACAACGGCCGGCACUGCAUGCCGAUAGCUCGAAAUGUUCAACUAGCACGAAUUUUGCGACACGGAGAGUACGAAUGGCAGGACCCUAAAAGCGAAGAAGACGUUGUUAACAUAACGUACAUCGACAAAGAUGGAAAACGAAUAGCUGUUCGUGGCAAGGUUGGUGAUAAUGCUCUUUAUCUUGCCCAUCGAUACGGAAUAGAAAUGGAGGGAGCGUGUGAAGCAUCACUGGCCUGUACGACUUGUCAUGUAUAUGUCCUUAACGAUUAUGGCAACCAGUUGCCACCAUCAGAAGAAAAAGAGGACGAUCUGUUAGAUAUGGCACCUUUCCUAAAGGAGAACUCUCGCCUAGGAUGUCAGAUAGUGUUGACCAAACAGUUGGAAGGUAUGGAACUGCAACUACCAAAGGCAACAAGAAAUUUCUACGUAGACGGCCAUAAACCGAAGCCGCAUUAAUCUGGUGAAGAUAGGACUGAUUCUUGUGAGUUUAGUUAUUGGGAAACGUCAUAAACAAGAUUAUUUUACAGUUUAAAUGUAGACAAUAAAAUAUUAGUGUACUAA